AACUAUUCAUCACAGUACACGGGUUUCAGCGCGUGAUCCCCACGCGCGAUGCUUCAAAUAACUAACGAAACCCCAAAAAUUCCCAAAACCAUAUCUCAGAAACCCUCACCAAUGACUGAGUCAAUGCCUGCCGUGGAGCCGUCACCGGAGCCCUCGCCGGAGCCGUCACCGGAGCCUCCAGCGUCUGAUCUCGUGUUUGACGACUUCUCCUCCAACUUCAACGCCUUCCUCAUCCCCUCCAUGGACUCGCUCUUCAACACCACUGACGCGCUCCCCUUCGCCUCCGAUCUCGAAUUCGGCAUGGAUUUCGACAACAACGGGGAAUUCGAAAUCACCUUCGACGACCUCGACGAACUCGACGACAUCUUCAUCCCCUCCGACGCCGAGGAUUUCCUCCUCCCCGACGUCUGUAACUCUAAGUACGACUCCGCUUCGCCGCCGAUCGACGCAAAGAAUUCCGAUUCGCCGGAUUCCGACGUGUCCGCGGUUUCCGGCGAGGGCGAUUCCGCGGAUAAUGUUAGGGUUUCGAGCGUUCCGUCGCCGGAGGCUGAGUUUUGCGACCGGGAGGAGUCUUCUAACGGACCGGUUUCGUCGCAGGGUUCCGGCAACGGCGGAUCGGGUGUAUACGAGGCCAUGCACUCGCCCUCACCUGAUUCCGGCCCUUACGAGAGGGACAUAACAUCGUCUCAUGCGCAUGCAGUUACAAACAAUGAUGUGAAAAUGGAGGAAGCUCCAGCUUUUGAUCUGAAGAGAAAGAAAGAAAGUUGCGAUGGAAGUGCUACCAAGCACAGAAGGUUCUCUUCCUUGGUGGAGAAUAAUAAUAAUAACACCGAGAAACAGUCUCAGUCUGGUUUGAAUGGAAUUGACGAUGAGGAUGAGAAAAGGAAGGCGAGGUUGAUGAGGAACAGGGAAAGUGCACAGCUUUCUAGGCAGAGGAAGAAGCAUUACGUGGAGGAGCUUGAGGAGAAAGUGAGAUCAUUGAAUUCCAUCAUUGCUGAUAUGAGUAGUAAGAUGUCGUAUGUGGUGGCUGAGAAUGCUACACUUAGACAGCAAGUGGGUGCUGCUGGUGUCAUGUGUCCUCCUCCUCCAGCACCUGCUCCUGGGAUGUACCCUCAUCAUCCUCCAAUGGCACCUAUGCCUUAUCCGUGGAUGCCUUGUGCUCCUUAUGUUGUUAAGCCUCAAGGGUCUCAGGUUCCUUUGGUUCCCAUUCCUAGGUUGAAGCCUCAGCAACCUGCUUCAGCCCCCAAGGGUAAAAAGAGUGAGAACAAGAAGAGUGAGGGGAAAACUACGAAGGUUGCUAGCAUUAGUUUGCUGGGUUUGUUUUUCUUUAUCAUGCUUUUCGGUGGGCCUCUUGUUGAUUUUAGGUUUGGGGGUUUAGUGGAGAAUGUUCCUGGUACUGGUAGGUCUAAUUAUGUUAGUGAUAGGGUGUAUGGUCAAGGUGGAGGGAAGGUUUGGUCUUUGAAUGGUCGUAGGAAUGGGUCUGAAAGAGAUGAGGAUGUAGGGUUUUCUAAUGGUGGGAGGUUUAGUGUUUCUGACAGAGUGAAUUAUGAGCGAGGCCGGAAUUUUAGAGAAGAAAGGCAUGAUCGUCGGAAAGGCUCGGAUGAUUUCGGUCGUCAGGGCAAUGCCAGUGAGCCUCUUGUUGCUUCUCUGUAUGUACCUAGGAAUGAUAAGAUGGUGAAGAUUGACGGGAACUUGAUUAUCCAUUCCAUUAUGGCCAGUGAGAAAGCCAUGGCAUCUCAAACUGCUGAGGCAAAGAAGGACAAGAGAGAAACUGGGUUGGCCAUUCCUAAGGAUUUGGAUUCUGCACUGGCUAUUCCUGGAGUUGGAAGAAGCAGAGGUCAACAUCCACAUGUGUAUAGUGUUUCUCCUGAACAGAGGAAGGCUCUUGGCUCUGGUUCAACCAAAGUUUUGAAGGACCAUAUGAAGUCCUCUGUAACUGAUGGUAAAAUGCAACAGUGGUUCCGUGAAGGUCUCGUAGGGCCAAUGUUAAGUUCUGGCAUGUGCACUGAAGUUUUCCAGUUUGAUGUUUCUCCAAGUCCUGGAGCAAUAGUUCCUGCAACAUCAGUAGCCAAUGUUUCCACUGAAAACCGUCAGAAUGCUACCAGUGUCAAAAAGACCAGGAAUAGAAGAACCCUUCAUGAGCUCCCAGAGCCGCUUAAUGGAUCUAGUCUGAACAUAACUGAAGAACGAGUAAAGAAUUUGCAGAAAGACCACCUCCAUGGUAAUAAGUCUUCUAUGGUAGUUUCAGUCCUUGUUGAUCCCAAAGAGGCUGGCGAUGGUGAUGUUGAUGUUGACGGCAUGAUGAGACCAAAGUCACUCUCUCGGAUUUUUGUGGUUGUGCUAAUUGAUAGUGUCAAGUAUGUCACUUACUCUUGUGGUCUGCCUCGUGCUUCUCCCCAUUUGGUGACUGGUUACGUAUGACAAUCCUUCGGAAAAAAGUUUUGAUGCAGCCGAAGCAUCUAACCUGAGUUCUAGUUUCUGUAACAAAGGAUGUGGGGGACUGGGAAGGAAAGAAACUCAUCUCCAGUUUUGUACAUAUUAACAUAUUUAAAGUAGCAGUCUUGAAAAUGUACCUGAGAAUUUAGGAGCUGGGCUUGAAUGGGGUUGACCAACUGCGUGUACUGAGUUUUUUGGGUGAAUACUGGGUGUAGAGUUGAGACCUUUCAUAGAAACUUAAUAAUAUAUGCCCACCUUAUAGUUUAAAAGUGGUUCC